UAAAAAAUACCAUCUUUGGUUUGUUUACUCUUGUUCUGGCGUUUGUUAUGUAGCAUUUGUGUGUUUGUAAACACGUGGGAAUAUUAUGCAGAUGGAACAGCAUUACAUGUGGGGGAACUGAGUUUGACUUUUAUGAAACCGUCGUAGACCACAUGGCGCAGGGAAUGUUAGAAGGAGUGAUCCCGACAUGCGACAGUGGAAUCGGGGAAAAAUUAUGUACUUUAUUAUUUCGUAAUUUUGGAUAUUGUUGAGCGCAAUCUUCACACGUUUAUAUGAAUUGCAGUAGUACAUGUGACUUUUAAGAUGAAUAGCUGCUCAACUAUGAAUACCUUCAUUCGAGGGAAAUGCAUGUCGAUGUGUCCGGAAAAAGAAAUAAGGAUGCGAGAGCGAAAUGGCUUGCUACAUCAAUUGGAAAGUGUGCAGAUGGGGAAAAGUGAAUCCGUAACUGGAAACAGAAGAACUAUCAAGUCACGGCGGCGAGCUGACUACAAACGCGUAAUCAAAAGCUUCAGUCGGCCGGCAGCUGGACACGGACCACCGGACCCCGACGAUAUCCGGCCCCCGCAGGUGCUGCUCCAGACUGUAAAAUACCUCUUAUCCGAAGUUGUUCCCAGCCAGAGCCUGCCUUGGAAUGAAGUGUACGACUUUGUGUUCGACCGCCUGCGUGCUGUGAGGCAGGAUUUGGUAAUACAAGGCACGCCAUCUGUGGAAUCGGUGGAGAUACUGGAGCCGAUUGCGAGAUUUCUGGCGUACGCCGGAUAUAGGUCGUGCGAAGAGCCGGCAUCGCGCUUUGACGCGGUGAUCCACAGGCAGCACUUGCUGGAGUGCGUGCAGCGGCUGCUGGUUCUCUACGACCGGCAGGAGCGGGAGAGUGGUAGGAGCGCGACCGGCUGCGACGGUCGGGCGGACACCGAGGCACUCUACCUCGUGCUGGCGCCGGGAAGUGCAGACGCGCUGCAGCGGGCUCUGCAGCUGCCUGCGGCGUACAGGUCUGACACGGUGGAGAGUGCGCUGGAGUUCAGCCUGGCCUGCUACUCGGGGAACUACGUGCGGGCGCUGCGCCGCCUGCCACUCCUGCCGCCACUACUCGCCUGCCUCGCCGCACUACACGUGCCGCACCUCCGCAGGCAGGCCCUGCGGGUGAUGAGUGUGGCCUACAGCAGCCGCACCCUGCGCUACCCGAGCGCCGCGCUCGCAGACCUCUUCUUGACGGGCAGCGCGGCCGAAGUCGUGGACGAGUGUCGGCACUACGGGCUGAGCGCCGACGUCGACGCGGGAAUAUCUUUCGACAAGAAUCGUUUCGACCUCAGUGUACGAGUGCGUACGCCGGUCCGCCUGGAAGCAGUCGACCGGAAGCUGGCUGCGGCAGACGUCACAAAAUUGUUGCUGGGAGAACCUGUGUGAUCAUUUGGGAAGCAGUAAGCAUUAAGUGGCACAUAGGCCUACGUGCCGAAGGACAAAAUAUGUAAUCCUGUGUUGUUGAACUAGUAAACCAGUGGGGUGACUACUGCUUUGAGUUUCUUUUUAUCCUGCUGCCUACUUGCUAACAACAAGAGAGCAACCAUCACUAGAAAGGGACUUCCAUAGAAGUUAAAGAACAGGGGUAUCCAUCAAAUGGAGGAAAAAUUGCUGUACACUGUCUUUCCACUUGGUGGAUUUGUCAAUUCUCGGUUGCUACAUUGGUGGGACUGUGAAUUUCAAAAUUUUUUGUGAUAAAUAAAAUAAUCUACGAGAAUUCAAAUCCAGAAUAGAAGAGAUACUCCACAAAUGUGGAGAGGACAUGACAAAAGGUUGCUGGCCAUCAGCUAUUACUACAAAGCAAGAAGCAUAAGAGCGGUACAAAACCAGUUCCAGUGCGUAGGGGAACGAUGCGGGAGACCCGCACCGCCUUACUAGGCAAGGUCCUAAUGGAGGUGGUUUGCCGUUGCCUUCCUCCGACCGUAAUGGGGAUGAAUGAUCAUGAUGAAGACGACACAACAACACCCAGUCAUCUCGAGGCAGGAAAAAAUCCCUGACCCCGCCGGGAAUCGAACCCGGGACCCCAUGCUCGGCAAGCGAGAACACUACCGCGAGACCAUGAGGGUGGACAAUGUUUCAUUACUGGUUGCAAAAUAUGAUUCUUUUCACCUGUGGAAAGGGUAAUACAAUAAUAUUGGUAUGUUGUUAUUCCAACCUGGACAUUCUAUUGUUUGACUGUUUUGUUUCUUUUGAGUAUUAAUUUUAUCUUUUUCAAUAGUGUUAACUGUGCUGUGAAAUAAUACAUUGUAGGAGUAGGUUUUACACAGGGACAGACCAAUUUUGUUGAUUUGUCUAUGCUUUAUUAAUAGCCCUUAAACAUUCAGCUGUUCAUAUAAAAUAUUGAAGAUUUCUUUUAGGUUUGAAAUGAUUUAAAUUAUACAAAAAUAUGCUAAUAAGAUUUUUGUUUAAAUAACAGAAGAGCUGAUGGGAUUUAUCCAGUGGUAACAACACUACCACACAAAUACUGCAAUGCCUGAAACUACUCAUUCAGGCAGAAAGUAGUGUCGUAGGUUAUAAAUUACACUUACGUAUUUCAGCACAACUACAAAAGAAAUGACUACAAGAGAUUAGAAGCUCAGACAUAUGCAAGCAGUUACAUUAUACACAAUAUUUUGGUGAUUUAGCCUCAAAGCUGGCCCAAUCCAAAUGAGUGUUUGCAGAUAGGCAGCUUUAAAAUUAUUAUUGCACCAUGAGAUUCCAGUAUUAAAUACUGUUCCUUCCUGUGUCUUUGUCAGUCCACUAUACUGGACAGACAAAGGAAGAGAGAGAACAACAUUAAGCAUAUUACGAUGUAGGAUGGCAUUAGAGUGAAGAAACGAACCAUAAUCUCUCAACUCUGCCACCAGACACAUCUAAGCACAAAUGGAAAACACAUGUUAUAACAGUUUAACACACAUUAUUUCACAUUUCUAUUACAAGUAAUGUUAUCUUCAACACUCCUACGACAGUCUCAACGAACAAUUCAAAA